UAUAAGGUAAAAAACGGAUCUAUAGGUCUGAGCAUGAACCAUAAACAUAAUGAAAAAAAAAAAUCCAAAAGAUUAUGUUUCUCUUACAAGUCAGAAGGUUCAAUUUUGGUUAUUUCAAUCAAUAUGACAGCAUCAUAGUCAUAUCGCGCUCGAGGCAACGAGCUGUGGGGCCCAGAGAGUCUCGAGAGCCCUCGAGACAUCCGGACGAACAGAAAAUCGUCAACGCUUCUGCAACUCUCCCGCUUCUUCUUCGUCUUCCUUCCUGCUUCUUCUCUCCAAGACUCUUCUACAUCUCUUUCUCUCUCACGUUGCCUGUCUAUAAAUACAUCUUUAGGCUUCUCGCUUUUCGUCAGAAACAAGCUUGGCAACUCGAUACCUCUCACCACUUCACGAUUCACGUGCUUUUCCUAUUCUUGGGAGCCAUCGUCUUCUUUUCUUACUCCUCCAAGAAAGAGGGCAAGCAAAAUCUUGCAGCGAAAUGGCUCUGAUUUCAUCCAUCUUCAGUCGACGAUCCAAUCCCUUCUCCAUGGAAAUCUGGGAUCCCUUCGAUGGUAUCUUCCACAGCUCUGUUUCCUCCCCUUCUCUGCGAGCUUUCGUAAGCGACGCCUCCGCUUUCGCCAACACUCAGAUCGACUGGAAGGAGACGCCAGAAGCCCACGUCUUCAAGGCCGACCUCCCUGGACUCGAGAAGAAUGAGGUGACGGUGGAGCUCGAAGAAGGAAAUGUGCUCAAGAUAAGCGGGAAUAGAAGCAGAGAGAGUGAUGAGAAGAGCGGAAAGUGGCACCGAGUGGAGAGGAGCAGCGGUAAGUUCCUCCGGCGAUUCAAGCUGCCGGAGAAUGCGAUGGUUGAUCAGGUGAAGGCUGCCAUGGAGGACGGAGUCCUUACAGUGACUGUGCCUAAAGCACCUGAACCAAAACCGGAGAUCAAGUCCAUCGAGAUCGCCGGUUGAUCAUCAUUCGCCAUUAAUUAUGUAAUCGAAAACAUAAUCUUUUGAGGGAUUUCUCCCUUUGUAUUCCGCAGUCCUAAUCAUAAAAAAUGAUGUAUAAAUAUCGUAUGAUCUCUGUGUGAUCCCG